GAACGCGCGCAUUCAGAACCGUUGCGAGAGUGUUUAAGAAGUUUUUGAACCCAAAAACAGCAGUUAAAUGGCUAAAGUGAAAUCUCCAUCGAAAAUGGCGAUAGUGCAAGUAUUAGUGAAGCGAAUGUAAGGCGUGAGUAAAGGGCGAAAGCAUAAGCCAGAAGUGAGAAGCCGGCAACCGAAGGACUACGCCAGGAGCAUACGAAUGCCAGCGGCCAUGGCGCAACUUGUCAUAAGCGGCUCUGGCGGCUUACAAGCAAAAUAACCAGCCAGACAAAAGGACACCAGCAAGUGACGUUAAGGCAGGCAGCAACCUCAGCAGGAUACAGAAGUCGCGAGCAGCAGCAGCAGCAGCCACACCGAAAUGGAGCAGGAUACUGCAGCAGGUCCUGCCAAGAAGAGCGGCACCACCUUGUCCGUGGACCGGGCCGCCUUCCUCCUGCUGCGCGUCAGGAAAGUGUUCAAGAAGAAGCGACAGCAGCGCAAGGACCGACAAGCUCAGCAGAAUGCAGCCGCCGCAGCGGGUGGUGCGGCUGGAGGUGGCGUGGGUGGUGCAGGCGGUGGCUCAGGGUCACAAUCGCGACCGGGCAGCCGCAAGCUGCCGCCCCCAUUGUUACGCUCGCGCACACUGCCCGCCAUUAUUGUGCCAGGACUUCCGGUCGUCUCGCUGCACACGGAUAAGCAAACAUUUCAAUUGGACGAGCGUUUGCUGGGCAGCAAAAGCCGCAGUGGCAGCGCCAGCGGUCAUCGUUGGUCGCUCCUCACACGUACCAGCAACAGCAACAGCAAUAGCAGCACCAGCAACAACAAUCCCGCCAGCAGCAGCAACAUCAACAACAACAACUCCCAUUUGACCAACAACAACAAUACGCUGUUGGUGAAAUCAUUGAAUUUGCCCAAAGACGAUAGCAAUUUGGUCUACCGGCGAAAGUCCUCGGGCAGUACGCCCCAUCAGCAUCAGAAUUCGCACCACCACCACCAUCACCACCAGCAGCAAUUGCAUCAGCAGCAGCAGCAACAUGCUCACCUGCAACAUCUGCAGCACCUGGGGGAUGCCUCUCUGUUCCACGUCUCCGAUGAUUUCGAGUGCCACGCGGACGGAUCGCUGCUGCUCAGAAUUCCAGCCCCGCAUGUGGUAGCAGCGCGAGCCUAUCGACUGGCGGCCCGAAAGCGGGCCUCAGCCUCCUCGGGGGUCUCAACGCCGAUGUCCCGGGAGCACACCCUGCACGAGAUGCCCCUGGCGGAGACAGCCAGCUCGGGAUCCGGGUCCGGCUCUGGAUCGAGCACGACCCUCACACGGCUGGCCAAAUUGCUGAAUCAAUCAAGCGCCCUGGCAAGCAGGUCCAAUUUGCAGCCACCGCCGUCGGGUGACAAUGCGGUCCAGAGUCUGGGACGUGGCCUGGGAUUGGGUCUCGGCGAGGAGGCGCCACGUCGUCUGUCGUGGGAGAGGCGCAAGGACAGCAGUGCUCUUCAGCGCUCGGCCAGCAUCGACUCCUUUGCCGAGAUUGUGUUUAGCGAUUCGCCACGCCCCUCGCUGGCCGUCACAGCGCCAGGAGCCUCCUACGGAUGCGUUGGAGGAGCCCCCUCACCGUUCAGUAAACGUCCCUCGGCCAGCAGCCUGUACUCCACCUCCACGUCCAGCUCCUUUGGGUCGCAGGUACAGGCCCAGCUGAAUGUCAAUUACAGUGACUCGGCAGCCGGAUCCGGAUCAGCGAGUGGAAGUGGACCGGGCACCGGUGGCAAUGGAGGCAGUAGUGCCGGCAGCAGCCGGCGCGAAAGCAUGCUCAGCCCGUCUUCCACACGCCGCUCCAAGCUGACCAGAAUCAUAAACGACAACAUAUUGCCGCAAGAUAAACGUGACAGUGACAUCGAUAGUGUCAGGCUGCGGGAAAAGGUGGCCAAUCCGAGUGCCGACAAUAACAACCAGGACAACUACCCCGCCUACUAUCCGGCUCCAUUGCUGUCCACCAGUCGCUGGUCGGAGCAGCUGACGCAGCAUGCAACGGUAGCCAAGAUACGCACAGCCAUCUCCUGUCACUCCCAGGAUCUCAAGGAAAUGGAAUUCCUUCUGCCCCACUCGCGAUCCGAUGCGCAGUCCAAUUCCCAAUCCCAGUUGUGCAUUUCGAGGCACUCGCAGCCCAAGAAUGCCAAGUUGCGGGAUGAUCACGACGAGACGGGCUCCUCUGAGCUGGAGUCACCACCUCUGGGCGAUGAGAAUGCCUCGGCGAAUGGACAACUUUCGGUGCACAGGCAGCCGGUACAGCUGCGCAGUAAAAUCCCGGGAAAUACCCCACAUCCGCGGGCCAGCAAAAUGUCCAAGAAACAGCUUAAGUUGGCCCAAGCCCAGCUGGACAAGCUGACGCAGAGCAAUCUGCACUUGCAUGCUCUGUUCUCGGCAGUGGAGCAUGGCCAUCUGGAGAAGGCGCGCACUAUUCUCGAGUCAACCGACGUGGAUGUAAAUAGCAUCAACAACGAUGGUCUUUCUGCACUGGACUUGGCCGUUCUAAGCAAUAAUCGCUCCAUGACCAGGAUGCUGCUCCAGCAUGGCGCUAUGGAGGGCUCUCAAUUUUCCGUGGACACCAUUGGCACCAAGCUGAAUGGCUUGCUCAAGGACGCCGAGUCCCGGAUUCACGAUCUGAGCGGGCCGGAGGGUCUGUGCCCGCCCAUGUUCGCAUCGCGUCCCUCCAUCUCCAGCAUCAUAAUUGGCAAUUCGAGCGCCUCGGUGACCGGAUGCACGGGCAGCGAGGUGGAGAAACAGAUCGGCAUCUGGGAGCGACGAGUGAAGGGACUGCGCCGCUUGCAGCUCGGCUGGGAUCAGGCCCGGCCACCAGAUGCACCCGCCUCCGUGGUCGUUGACGUCACCGGCGACAAUUCCAUCAGCGUCCAAAUCCUAGAGCCCUUCGAGGGGGCCAUCGGCACGAAAUUCAAAGUUCAAUGGUCAACCCGCGCGGAUUUCAACAAUAUUGUGGGCGAGAGUGAGUUGCUGGAAUGGAUCAGCUUCCAUGGCACGAUGGGCGCCCAGUGCCACAUAUCGAGGCUCACCCAGGGUCGUCGCUAUUUCUUGCGAGCCGCCUGCGGCAAUGUCAAGGGCUGGGGUGCCUUUAGGACCUCGGUGCCAGCCAGUGUAGUGCCCUCAACUUGGCGGGAUUUGGACAAUCGGGAGGAUCGAUUUGUGGGUCGCCACCGCAUCCUAGACAAUCUGUUUACCGCCGUGCGGCUGGCCAGACCCGCCGAUGUCUCCGAGCUGACCUUGGAUCCAGCGAGCGCCCAACGGCGCAAUCCCAAAAAGAAGACCACCAUCAAGCAGCUUUUCUCGGUUACCUCCAAGUUCCAAAAAACUUUAAGACGCGGCAUAUACUUCUCUUGCAUUAUUCACUGCGAUGACAAGGUGCUGGUCACCAGCGAGGACUUUCCGCCGGUCAUCGAGGUGGACGAAUCCUAUCCCAGUGCCCUGCACAUGGACUACUACUGGCUGAUGAAGGUGGCCUGCACCUGGGAGGAUGUGAAGUCUCUGCGCUCCGAUAUGGAGCGCAAUCUCACCUCCGCCGUUCACUUCCGCACCAAGCUCCUGUCGGCCGUCUGCCAAAUGCAAUCGGCAUUGGGCAUCACGGAUUUGGGUCAGCUGUACUAUAAACCGCUGAGAGAUGCCCAAGGCACUGUGGUGCUGACCUGCGUGCAGUCCGUGAAGAGCCAGAAGACCGUGUCCAUUCUGAAUUCACGAUGGCUACCGGUCAGCAAGCUGCAGAAGAAGCUGGGUGCUCUGCACGACGAUUACACAAUCAACGAGCUGCUCAUCUCUUCGAUUGGAGAUCAAUUGCACUACCAGCAGGCGGCGCUGCAGCGUUUGGAGCCGGGCCUCUACCUGGGCUACCUGAAGAUGCAGUGCUCCAUGGACCAAAUCCAGGUGGUGGUGCCGGUGAAAACGCCGAAUGUCCUGCCCCACUGCAAGGUGCGCGAGAACAGUCACAUCACGGCCGAGGAGUGGCAGGUGCUCCACCGCUGCACCAGCGAUCCGCUUCGCCUCCCGCUGGACUUCAGCUCGCAGGGAGGGGAGUCAGCUUCCGGCGGAGCAGCGACCACGGAGGUUCAGCGUCUAUUUCUGUACGAUCUCACCAAUGCAAUGCACAAGCUGUUUGCCAGUAUGAACAUCAAGGUGGCCGAUGCAACCACCCACCGCCUGUACGACGUGGAGGUGAUUGAGCACAGUCCGGACAUCAGUUUCCUAGUGGUCUGUCCAUCCGCUGAGGCCUCGUGUGCCGUGCCCGGCCAGUCGGAGUUGCUGCUCCAGAGGGACGAUUUGGCCUGCUUGAGUAUCCAGGCCUUUGAGAUGAUCCACCUGCGUACGUAUCAGCCGGCCAUUAUUCAGAAGUAUGCCCGCCUAUCCUGCAUCCUUGAACUGGACACUGCCCUGGCCACACACUCACUGCGCGAGGCCUUCUCCAGCAGCGAACUGCAGGCCGCCAAGGAGCGUUUGGCCACGUUGCAGGAGCUUAGUGCGAGCUUGACAAUCGUGUGGAAGAGUGUGCGCUGGUUAAUGGACGUGGUGGCAUAUGCAAGAAACAAGAACGCACAGCCCUCGCUGACGAUGCGCGAAAUCCUGGACUUUGCCCAGCAGCGACAGGAUGAAUCGGUGACAACGUCGUCGGCGGCGUGCUCAACCAGCAAACAGCUGCUCCAGCUGCCCAUCCGCGAGAGCAAGUCCUCCAAGACGGGCCAGGGAAGAGGCAGUUGGCCUGGGCCAGGAACCAGCGAAGAUCCAGCGCAGGGAAAGUCGGAGCAUUCGAAGUCGGAGCAGAAUCUAGAAUUGAGGGCUAUUACGCCGGUAGAGCCUGCAGUCAAACAUGUUCCCACACAGCAGCAGUCCCAGCAGCAUAUGCAACAGCAGCAACUUUUACAAGUUUCCACGACCAGCGAAUAUGCCGGCUCCAUUUGCUCGGAAGUAUCCUUUAGGAAGAACAGUGGCGACUCCGUGAGCUCCACCUACACGUCGCGCAGUUUCUAUUCCGCCGUAGACUCAGCCUCGGAUGGGAACAGCACGAACAGUGUGUUUGCCAUGCCGCCCUCGCGUUCCGAUGACACUCUGGCGGAUGCACUGCGUCACUCGCAGGCGGUGGCCGCCCAACGCAAGCGAACCAGCUCCAACAUCGGAUCCCAUACCAAUCCGCUGAUCACGGUGCAUGGCUCCAGUUCGGCUCCGUAUCUGGCGGGGUCCAGUGCUUCUUUGAGGAGCGGCGGCCACGGCGCCUUCGCCACGGAUCUGGAACACAAACCGCUGAAGCCGGCGGCAAAAGCAGUCUCUAGCGUUAACCUACGCGAAGGUGGACCUUAUUUGAAGAGCACCCUAGCUGAGCUACGAGCGGUGGGUGGCGAGGAGCCGGUGGCCAGUACCUCGAAGGCUUCCUCGAUGAAGAGCUUGUCGCGGCAGAGCAGCGAGGAGGACACCGCCAGCUGCUCCAGUCUCAAUGCCGAACCAUCGCCGGGUAUUAUUCAAGUGUAUACCGCGUACAACACGGGACUGGCCAGUGGAACCAGCCUGAAGCUGCAUGUGACAUCCAAGACGACCGCCCGCGAAGUGGUCAACCUGGUGGUGAAGCAACUCAACAUGGCCGUGGUGCUCAAGGGAAACAAUGGGCCCGUCUACGGACCCGAAGUGCUGGAGAACUUCUGCCUGGUGGCUGUGAUCGGAGCACGGGAACGUUGUCUGCGGGAUGACUUUAAGCCACUGCAGCUGCAGAAUCCCUGGAAGAAGGGGCGUCUGUAUGUGCGCAAAAAGCACGAGCUCCUGGCGGCCAUCGAGCACUCUAACCGCAAAUCGCAUUUGAUCUGAACCAUCUGACCCAAAUCGCACAGGAAAUGGAGAAUCAUCGAAGAAGUGAAGCACUUGAUAUAAUAAUAGUCCGGACGGCAAAGAGAUCUCUAGAGAUUUAAAAACUUAAGAUGCCUGAAAGUAGGCAAAUCCUUUGUUCAUACACAUUCAAUUUGGUUUUUGGAAUCCUCAGAGAUUUAUCGGACUUCUUCCGUUCCACACGUUGUACAUUUUGUUGUGUUUCGGUUUUUGGGAUCCCCAAUCACAAUACCCAAUCACUCCCACCCCUCUUCAGGGCAAUGAUCAAUUGACCAAUUCCCGAAUUAGACUGAAUUACUUAUGUAUGCUGCAAAGGCAAACUGAUGAAAUUGUAUUUAAAAUGGUAUUAUACUUUGAGUAGUUAUACAUUCAACAUUACCCAAACAAACGCAAACACACACACGAAACGGACUAAGCAAAAACAGAUUGUUGUUAGUUGUUCUAAAGUAAAGAAGGUUACGACCAUACAUAAGUAGUAUGUAUGCUAUAGAAAUAUUAUGCGUGCAUCAAUGUAUUUUAUUGUAUGUAUUUUGUAGUUUAGUAAACAAAUAUUUUGAUUGUAUUUUUGUGGCAUUUUUAGGGGCACAUUUUUUGAUCUAAAUGUUAAAUCGGUAAAUACGGAACACAAAACCAAACCAAAACCAAAUCGAUGUCAAAACUUAAAGAGCAGAUAACAAUAUGCAUUUUAAGAGUCAAUCUUGAUGUCUUUGAUGUGUGUGUGUGUUCUUGAAAAUUGCAAUUCCUUUGGAUUAAACAUAAUUAAUUUAGCUGUAAUCAAUUGCUUAGUAUGUAAACAAAAUCACCGCAACAAAAAUGAUAAAAAAAAAACGGAGAAUAUUUUUUAAAAAUAUAUUGGCACAACUGCAUGUUGAAAAAAAAGCAACGGGCAACUGCAAAGUAAAGUUAAAAUGUUUGUAUUUAUAAAAUGUAGCAGUGUGAAUUUGAUGUCCGAAACCUAUCCACUCCACUCAGCAAUUGGCUCGACGAGCUUCAUACCUACUUGAUAAUCCUAUGCCCCAUUUCCCCAAUCUACUCAACUGUUGGCCCACUUAGAACCCACAUUAUUAACGUGGCUAUCUCAAUGUGCAAAGCCGUAUGUGUCUAUAAAUAACUAUUCAUUCUACUCUAUACUCUUUCAAUAGGAAAUACCAUAAGUAAAUUAGAGGAAAAUCUUCAGACACACUUGUUUGUUGUGGACCGGUAGACAAAGAAAAAAAGACAAAGUUUCAUUGUCAAGCUCAUGUCCCAAAAUAUAAUAUUUUGUUUCCAUUGGACGACAAGUCGAAUUUAGAUUGGAGUCGCAGGUCGUGAAAAGUAUACAUUUUGAAUCUUAUGAGAAACUAGACGAGAACACUUACUUUAAAGAAUGUGCAACACAGAGUCCAUAACAGAGAUAUCGAACUAUUUAAGAUGUCUACGACCAACAAACGAUUUUUGUACGUUUUCUCUUGUUUUUGAGAUGUCGAAUGUGACGAUUUUGAUACAUUUUUACUAUAUGGUUUACCAGUCCUAGGGCUCGAAGAACAGCAACGAACGUAGCUAUAUAUUUUGACCCCAGAUAUUACAUCCCCCUCAUGCGUUCACAGCCCGGUUUCAGAUUUGUAUCAGCGCCACCUAAUUGCCUCGAUAUUCGAAUGGUCCGCAGAUCAGAAUGGUCGAACGAACAACGAACGUAGUUGUAAACAAGUUCCAAACUGAGUAGAGUGGCCAGUUUCAGUUUGUUAAUUCGGAAUGCCAAUUAAACGAUUUCAAUUGUCAGACACAGUGUCCGUCCCCAGCAGAAGAGCGUUUGGUUUUGUUUGGAGUGGAGGCGAAAUUAUACAGAGUAUUAUUUCGAAUUGCGAUCCAGUGAAAUUAGUUUUUACGAUGCAAUCUAAUUGUAGCUAUAGCUAAUUGUUAAUGGCCUACAAAGAGCGAAAUGAAAAUGUAACCAAAAGCAUUGAACGAUAAUUGUUGUAGUCUUUCCGCAUAUGAACAUGAAAAACACAUCAACGCAGACAAUUCCUGUAAUUAGAUUAUAAAGAAGAUGAAACUUAUCAAGUGUAACUAAGCCCAAUGUCAGUACAUUCAUUAUCGACUACCUGUGUACAUGUUUAGUGUGUUAAUGGGCCUAAAAAUAUACACUAAUAAUACACUCCAAAUGUGGAGCUAAAAAGAGGACAACUAGCGUUGGUAAGGAUUCAAAGAAUAUUCAAUUAACUUAAUAAAGACUCAACAAUUGUUAUGGUGUAA